AUGGCACCUCCACCACCUCUGGCCAACAUAGACUGGUCCAAACUAGGACUCACCGUCAACGACAGCGUCAACGGCCACAUCGAAGCAACCUUCUCACUCGACACGAACAGCUGGUCAUCGCCACGGUUCGUGGCUGACCCCUGGCUGCGCGUACACGGGCUAUCCCCCGGGCUGAACUACGGGAUGCAAGCGUACGAAGGACUCAAAGCGGUACGCACGCCAUCGAACAAAAUCACCAUCUUCCGGCCGUCAUUCCACGCCAAACGCAUGAGACAUUCGGCCGAGACGGUGUCGAUGCCGCCCGUGCCAGAGGAGCUGUUCAUGCAAUGCAUCAACGAAGCCGUACAGGGCAACGCCGGGUUUGUCGGCCCCGCGUCGUCCAAUGCGGUGCUGUACAUCCGGCCCGUGCUGUUCGCGUCGGGCCCGCAGCUGGCGCUCGAGGCGCCCUCGACCUUCACGUUCGCCGUGUACGUGCAGCCGGCGACGACGUACCACGGCGUGCAGCCCCUGCCGUGUCUGAUCCUAGAGCAGUUCGACCGGGCCGCGACCCGGGGCACCGGCCACGCCAAGAUCGGCGGCAACUAUGCGCCCGCCAUGAAGUAUUCGCGCGAAGCCAAGCAGAAGGGGUUCUACAUGACGCUGCAUCUCGACUCGGCUACGCAGAGCUACAUUGACGAGUUCAGCACGUCGGGAUUCAUUGGUGUAUUAACCAAAAAAGAAGAAGAUACCGAAACUGGUAUUUCGCAAGAGAACCCUACUACCACCACUCUAGUCGUUCCAGACUCAAAACAGGUCAUUGACUCCGUCACAAGCGACAGUAUCCAAACCAUCGCCAAAUCGCUGGGUUACAAGGUGGAAAAACGCCCCAUUCACUACACCGAGCUGGCCCACUUCAGUGAAGUCCUCGCCGUGGGCACCGCCGCUAGUGUAUUGCCCAUCGCCGCCAUCGUGCGCGAGAGCACGGGUGACAAGUUCGUCUACUGUCCCGCGGGCAAGCCUGGGCCGGCGGCCGUGGAGCUGGGUGCCAGAAUCACCGCCUGUAUUCGCGGAAAGGUGGAGGAUCAGUAUGGCUGGCUGUACGAGGUGCCUUUCCCGGAGAAGAAGAAGGAAGCUCCGCCGAAGCUCAAUAUGUUGUCUAUCAAUGGAAUCCAAGGGCCGAGUGAGGAGGAGUUGAGGAUGUUGACCAGUCCCAUCUAG